CUCUUCUUAAUGCAUAUUUCUUGACGGAGUUGUGUGGGGACAAGCUCCAUUCUGAAGGGGCUGGCCUGAUUUUACUGUCUCAUUUUUAUUCUCCAGAAUGGAUUCUGGGUGGGUUUCCUGGGUGGUGGUUCUAUUAGUGAAUCUGAUCAGGCUGGAUUCCUCUGUGACUGAAGGCAGAGACUUUCCAGAAGAUUUUGUGGUUCAGGCAAAGGCUGACUGUUACUUCACCAAUGGGACAGAAAAGGUGCAGUUUGUCGUUCGAUUCAUCUUUAACUUGGAGGAGUAUGCACGUUUUGACAGUGAUGUGGGGAUGUUUGUGGCAUUGACGGAGCUGGGGAAGCCGGAUGCUGAGCGAUGGAACAACCGGACGGAUAUACUGGAGAGGAGCAGAGCUUCUGUGGAUGCACUCUGCAGAUAUAACUACAAACUUGGUGCAUCCUUCACAGUGGGGAGAAAAGUGCAACCAGAGGUGACGGUGUAUCCAGAGAGAACCCCAUCCCUACAACACCCCAAUUUGCUGCUUUGCUCUGUGACAAAUUUCUAUCCAGGGGACAUCAAGGUCAAGUGGUUCCGGAAUGGGCAGGAGGAGAGAGCUGGGGUCAUGUCCACUGGCCUUAUCAGGAAUGGAGAUUGGACUUUUCAGACUAUGGUGAUGCUGGAAAUAACUCCUGAACUUGGAGAUGUCUACACCUGCCUUGUGUACCACCCCAGCCUGCUGAGCCCUGUUUCUGUGGAGUGGAGAGCUCAGUCUGAAUAUUCUUGGAGGAAGGUGCUAAGUGGAGUUGGAGCCUUACUAUUUGGGAUAAUCUUCCUUCUGGUGGGGAUUGUCAUCCACUUCAGGGGUCAGAAAGGUUAUGUGGAGACCCAGUUGUCUGAUGAUGAGGUCUCAAGAGGUGUUCUUCCACCACAGCCAUACCAAGGUCCUAAGUGAAGCUUCUCUGGGAUCCUGAUGAAGUACUGAGUGGCCUGGGCCCCUAGACUAGAUAAAUGACAGUCAUGAGAUCAGCGUUCUGGGAGUGGCCCUUUUCCAUAAUCCUUAGGGAAAUACUGGACUGAUUCUACAAGAUUUGUGUUCUGAGAUCUUGCAUAUCCCACCCUUCUGCCCUUCCUCCUGCUACUUGUAUGCUUUAUUAAGUCUUCAUUUCUAAGAAAACUCUCCAGAAAUCCUCCUAAGACCUACCUCCUUCCAGUCCCAAACUUUUUACUUCUCUGUGGCCCAGCCCUGGCCCUAUAAAUUGUUAUCCCCAAAUCCUUCUCUGUUCCAACUGCAGUCUCCACAGUCUUCAGAAGACAAAUGUUCAGCCACUAUUUCCUUGUUUCUGUUUUUUUAAAACACUUUUUUAAAAUCAUAAAAUAAAAGAGAUACCUGUAAAAACCGGUUGCUGUUGAGUCAAUGCCGACUCAUAGCGACCCUACAGGACAGAAUAGAACUGCCCCAUAGAGUUUCCAAGGAGUGGCUGGUGGAUUUGAACUGCUGACCUUUUGGUUAGCAGUUGUAGCUUGCCUUAGCUCUUAACCACAAUGCCACCAGGGCUCCAAAAGAGAUACAGAUAACCACAUAAAAUGUAUAAUUUAAUGAGUUAUUUAAAGUAAAAUCCCUGUAAUCACCGCUCAGGUCAAGAAAUAAAAGUUUGCCAGGCAUCCCAGAAGUCUCUUAAGUGCCUCGUGUCAAUCAAAACCCCUUCUCUCACCCCCAAACUAAUCAUAUCCUGACUUUUAUUGUAGCCCUUUUCUUGUUUCUGUAUAGUCUAUUCACCCACACUUGCAUCUGUGGACACUAUACCUUAGUUGUGCCAAGUUUUUUUUUAUAUGUCUUUUAUGUUACUUAUAAUUUCUUUUCCUUAUGAUUAAUCUGUUGAAAAAACCUGAGUUUCCCACAAUCUACAUCUGGCUGAUUGCACACGCAUGGUAUAAUUUAACACGUUUCUGUGUCGGCAUUUCUUGCAAAUUGGCACCUGGAUUCAAGGCUGGAUCAGACUUGGGUAGUACUGUCUUUCACUGUGAGGCACAUAAUUGUCUCUCUUUUAUGAUGUUAUGUUAUGUUGCCGAGGUCCAUUCAUUCACUGGGGAUUGCAAAAUGGUGAUAAUUCUAUUAUUCCUUCCUCAUUUAUAUGCUCCAUUAUUUCUAUAAAGAGAUAGGUCUCAUCAUUUACUGUUGGGCUGUCCAAUGGUAUGGUAGAAAGGCGGGGUCAAUGUUUCACUCUUUUUAUUUACCAGUUUUCAAGAUAAUGAAUUUUUUCCCUGCUGUCAUUCAAAGGUGACCAAUUAAGUUUUCCUCUCUUUUUUGGUAUCGUGAUGAAAUCAGGGAUUUAAAUAUUGAUGGGUUUUAAUCCAUUUCAAUUUUUAUCCUCGUGGAAGCUCAAAUGUUUCAUUUUUGGGCAGUAGAAACUUCUUCAAGAGGCUCCUGAGUUCUUUUGACAAGUUUUUAGUUUUCUUGUUAUCUGCUAUGACAAGAUGUUCCGGUUUCAUUUUGUACAUUUCUUGCCCCAACCUGGAGUCAGCUAUUUCUCCAGAAAGCCCUGGUUUAUUCUAGCAGGAAAUAUCAUCACAGAUCAUAAUCCAGAGUUAGGAAUUGGUCAUUGUGUCAGGACUUCUUCGUGGAAACACACACACACAUCCACGCACAGUUUAAAUAAAAAAUUAAUCUCUUCUAUAUUAUAUUGUAAUGGCAUCUCCUUUCUUCCACACCAUGAUUUUUAAGGACACAGAGAAAGACACAGAAUAUCCACACUUACUCAUUUGCCUUUCCCAUAUUAACAUACACAGCAGUCUAAGGGUAAUAAAACUCAUACUAAACCAAAAACCAAACCAAACCCAGUGCAGCCGAGUCAGUUCCGACUCAUGGUGACCCCACGUGUUACACAGUAGAACUGAGCUCCACAGGGUUUUCUUGGCUCUCAUUUUUAUGGAAGCUGAUCACCAAGCUUUUCUUCUGUGGCAUCACUGGGUAGGUUCAAACUGCCGAGCUUUCCGUUAGUAACUGACAGCAAAUAGUUUGCGCCACUCAAGGACAUAAUACUCAUACCAUAACCACCAAAAUGAUUACCGAAAACAGUUAAAAAUUCCUUUUGUUUUUGUUCUCCACAUUAUUCCUCCAUUUUUAUAGUUGUGAUAUACCUAAAUUACUGGAUCACGUGCCACUGAAUACAAUACUCACUCCCUUUUUAGUAUCGUUUCUGUGAGUAACUGUAUAUCUAAUGCUCACCCAUACCUUAUGUCAAUGUCCCUCUGCUCCAGCGGUUUUCAAGGUGUGGUCUGAGGACCCCUGGGGGUCCCUGGGACACUUUUAGGGGGGUCUAUGUGUUUUUUUUUUAUGUGGUUGAAAUUAUUAUCAUAAUACUAAGACUUAAUUUGCCCUUUUCAUUACGUUGAUAUUUGCAAAACCCUAUGAUGGGCAAAACUGUUGGUGCUUUAGCACAAAUCAAGGCAGUGACACUAAACUGUACAAGUAGCCCUUGUAUUCUUCAGUGCUACCCACUGGCAGUAAAAAUAAAUAAAUAAAUAAAUAAAAAGGGAAGUUUCAUUUAAGAAUGUCCUUCCUGAAACAAAAAUGAUUUAGUUUUGCUAAAGCUCAACUCUCAAGUAUACAUCUUUCUAAUAUGCCUUACCUUUAAUAUGUCUAUGACUUAUUCAUUUUUUGUAUCUCUAGAGCUCAACCAGCUAUCAAUCAUAGUAUACUUCAAAGAGUAUAUGUACCUCAUAUAGAAUAUGACUCUACUCCUUUGCCCCUGCCUUGUUUGUUACCAGCUCCCACCAAUAAAAACAAAUCUAUCCAGUCCUUGUCCCUUUGCCACAUCACAUCCUCAGAGCAAUAACCCUGGGUGUUGUAUAACGAAGAUUAAGUUUCUGAACUUCUUCCACCUGAGUAAGGGUUUACUGUUCAGUUCUUGUCCCUGAUCCUCCUCUCUCCCUGCUCUGCCCUCAAGUAUUAGUUUUUGUGGCUCUUAGGACUUGGAGUCCCCACGUCUUUCAUGUUCUGACUUGGGUGAUGACCACCAGUGCUGAUCAUGUCAAUCUCACUUGUCUUCCUUGUUCUUUGAAUGCUUUGUAUUCAAUUUGGAGGCACUUUUUAAAAAAAUUUUAUUUUGCUUUAAGCAAAAGUUUACAAAUCAAGUCAGUCUCUCAUACAAAAACUUAUAUACACCUUGCUAUAUACUCCUAAUUGCUCUCCCCCUAAUGAGACAGCACACUCCUUCCCUCCACUCUCUGUUUUCGUGUCCAUUUGGUCAGCUUCUGACUCCUUCUGCUCUCUCAUCUCUCCUCCAGACUGGAGAUGCUGAAAUAGUGUCUACUUGAUCCAAGAAGCUCAUUCUUCACCAGUAUCAUUUUCUAUCCCAUAGUCCAGUCCAGUCCCUGUCUGAAGAGUUGGCUUUGGGAAUGCUUCCUGUCUUGGGCUAACAGAAGGUCUGGGGACCAUGACCUCCAGGGUCCUUCCAGUCUCAGUCAGACCAUUAAGUCUGGUCUUUUUACUAGAAUUUGGGGUCUGCUCUCCUGCUUCCUCAGGGUUUCUCUCUUGUGUUCCCUGUCAGGGCAGUCAUGGGUCGUAGCCGGGCACCAUAUAGUUCUGGUCUCAGGCUGAUGUAGUCUCUGGUUUAUGUGGUCCUUUCUGUCUCUUGGGCUCAUAAUUACCUUGUGUUUUUGGUGUUCUUCACUCUCCUUUGCUCCAGGUGGGCUGAGACCCACUGAUGCAUCUUAGAUGGCUGCUUGCUAGCAUUUAAGACCCCAGAAGCCACUCUCCAAAGUGGGGUGCAGAGUGUUUUCUUAACAGAUUUUAUUAUGCCAAUUGACUUAGAUGUCCCCUGAAACCAUGGUCCCCAAAUCCCCGCCUCUGCUAUACUGGCCUUCAAAGUGAUCAGUUUAUUCUGGAAGCUUCUUUGCUUUUAGUUUAGUCCAGUUGUGCUGACCUCCCCUGUAUAGAGUGUUGUCUUUCCCUUCACCUAAAAUAAUUCUUAUCUACUAUCUAAUUAAUGAAGUCCCUCUCCCCCUUUCCCUCCUCCCCCCCUUUCCCUCCUCCCCCCAUAACCAUCAAAGAGUUUUUCUUGUCUGUUUUAACUAUUUCUCCUGUUCUUAUAAUAGUGGUCUUAUACAAUAUUUGUCCUUUUGCAACUGACUAAUUUCACUCAGCACGAUGCCUUCCAGAUUCCUCUAUGUUAUGAAAUGUUUCAUGGACUCAUCAUUGUUCUUUAUCGAUGCAUUGUAUUCCACUGUGUGAAUAUACUGUAAUUUAUCUAUCCAUUCAUCCACAUGGAAACCCUGGUGACGUAGUGGUUAAGCACAGCCAAGAGGUCGGCAGUUCGAAUCCGCCAGGCGCUCCUCGGAAACUCUAUGGGGCAGUUCUACUCUGUCCUAUAGGGUCUCUAUGAGUCGGAAUCAACUCAACGGCACUGGGUUUGGUUUUUUAUUCAUUCACUGAUGGGCACGUUGGUUACUUCUACCUUUUUUCUAUUAUAAACAGUGCUGCAAUAAACAUGGGUGUGCAUAUAUCUGUGUAAAGUCUCUUAAUUCUCUAGGAUAUAUUCCAAGGAGUGAGAUUGCUGGAUUGUAUGGUAGUUCUAUUUCUAGUUUUUACAGGAAGCGCCAAAUUGAUUUCCAAAGUAGUUGUGCCAUUUGAUAUUCCCACCAGCAGUGCAUAAGUGUUCCAAUCUCUCCACAACCUCUCCAACAUUUAUUAUUUUGUGGUUUUUUUGAUUAAUGCCAGCCUUGUUGGAGUGAGAUGGAAUUGCAUUUGGAGGCACGACUUUCAAUGCACUGUCAGUAAGACUGGUUCCUGGUCUCCUGGCUGCCACAUAGACCGUGUUUCUGCUUUUUAGUGUUUCUUGAGUGUCUGAUUCCACUGAGUGCCCAGGGCAGCAAAAAUUUCAUUCAGGAUUUAGUCUGAAGCUGCCUUCCUGACCCUUGCUUCAUUGGGGAGCUUCUUCCUUUUAAACAUUUUCCCAGGGAAGUAUGGUGUCCUCUUCUGGUUCUGGCCCAGGCUUGUAGUGGGGAUGAGGGAAGGUCAAGUGGGAAAGAGGCAGCCACAGGUCAUCAGUGGGUGGGGCUUGGGGGCAAAAGUCGUCACUCAAAGAAGACCGGAUUUUCAAGUCAAAAUGGGGGACACCGUCACGAUGCUAGAUUAACCACCAAACAAAAUUCCAGAUGGUGAAAUUUCAGAAAUUUAACAAUCUUGUUUUACUUUGUUAGAAGUUCUAAGUCUCUGCUCUGAAGGUGUGAUGUGGCAUUUUGAUCCCCAGAUGGCGAUCGAGACCGUAACUAAAACUUGUUUUCUCAAUUUCCGCUUUGGAGGGAAUCCCCGUGGACGCUUGAGAUUUUAUAAGGGGAUUUCCCUACGUUGGCUUCGCGUCUGGUUUCAUUCUCACAUUACCUCAAUCCUUGAAGAUCUACAAAGGGCGUGUGUGGCAGGGGUGGGGGGAGAAAGGGGGUAUAUAGAAAUUCAAGGAAGAGAGAAGAGGUUGUGGGAAGCUUACCAAGCCAGCCAGCCACAGACGCCUUCCACCUUUGUGUCUCGUCUCUGCUUGUCUCUUUUCCCCACUCUCUUCCUUAAACCCCUUUCCUUCUUAGGCGUGUGUUCUUAAUUACCGCAGUCUCCAGCUGUAGCAACAGAGACCUGGGCCAAAGAUAAAUUGAAUUUAAUAUUUUAUAAAAUGCUCUUAUGGAUACAGAACAAAACCUGGUAAUGUAAAACCUGAGAUUUAAAACAAACCAGUCCGUCUGGCAAAUUGGCUAUUCUGUGACCUCAGAUCAGCUUCCCAUUCACCAUGAGAUGUCUUCAGAUACGUAAUUAUAAUCUAAGGGCUAAUCGCAGAUUAUAAUGUAACUCUACUAGUACCGAGCUCCACCACGGCAGGAAUUUUGCCUAUUUUUAUUCAUUGAUGUAUUCCUGGUGCCUAGGAUUUUUAGGAUAGUGUCUGGUUUAAAGUAGGCACUCAAUAGGUAUUUGUUGAAUGAAAGAAUGAAGAUCAGGGAACUCGAGGCCAAGAUAGUCUGAAUAGUUUACCCAGUCACAGGGCCAGUCCUACAACUCAGGUUUGGUGUCCUUUUCACUAAUUUUUACCAUCCCGACAAUAUUUUCAUUUUGAGUCUUCUAGUUCUAAUAACUGAAUGAAAAGCUUCAUUCCUUCUUUCCUUUUUUUAUAUUGUAGUGAAAAUAUGCACAAGAAAACGUAUGCCAGUUUAACUAUUUCUACCUGUAUAAUUGAAUGACAUUUAUUACGUUCGUCUAGUUGUGCGAUCAUUCUCGCUUUUUCCAAAUUAUUCCAUUCAUCCUCUUUUCAAGCAAUUUAACCCGAUGCUGUUGAGUCGAUUCUAGCUCAUAGCGACCCUGUAGGACAAGAGUAGAACUGCCCCAUAGGGUUUCCAAGGAGCAGCUGGUAGAUUUGGACUGCCAUUCUUCUGGUUAGCAGCCAAUGAUCUUAACCAUGGAGCCACCAGGGAUCCUAAAGCAAUUUAGUCAUCAGAGAACUGGAAAGGGGAUUUUCUCUGUCAGAAGUAUCAUCUGAAUGAGGUACAUUACUUCCUUUUUUCCACCUUGACCACAUUCAUUAGCAUCUUCUCUCUUCUUCCCUAGAUGAAAAGCUUCAUUUAGCAUUAUUUUCAUGUCAAAAAGAACUUCCUUACACUUUGUCUGAAUAUGGAUAUAAAUAUAAAUAUAAAUAAAAAUGUCUAUGUUUACAUUUGUCUUUAUGUGCAUAUCUAUCUACACACAGAUACACACCAAAUCACUACCUGCUAUUCCCUGAAAAAAAAAAAAUUCCUGCCCUCUUAUACCCUGGAGGGUGCUACAUAGCAGUGACGUCACCAGGGAGGUGCAGGGUGGGGGGAUGCAGACCCCACCGAGUGACACUGUCAGAAGUUGUGACAUCAAAAUGACUAUCUAUAAAAUUUUUGUGCAGUGUUUCAGCAGAAAUUUAUUAUUUUUUACAAACAUAUCCCUGUAGUUAGUUAUAACAACAAAACAUUUUUUGAAAGUCCAGUGUACAUGUGUCAAUAUAACUAUAAGGCUAAAACUCUAUGCUAAUUUACUUUUUGAACCUUCUACUGCAGUCUGGUCAGAGCUCUCAUUAUUACCCAAUUACAAUGAUGCUUUGAAUCACAUGGUUUUGUUUGCAUGCGCCACAAACAUGCGCUGUUGUUUUCCUUGCCGGUGGUGUUUUUAUAGCCCCCAAUUUUGUCAAAUUUUUUGGCUUUUUUGCUCAAUAUUGUGGUAAUUAGUAUUUGUGAACCUGUAUCAAUAACUUUUUUGAGAAUGAAGUAGUAAGUAAAGGAAAAGAAUGAGUGAUAUAUGGGAAUUACAAUUUACAAGUAACAUCAGUACAAAAAACAGUACUAAAGAUUUUGUAUGGUCUGGUAUGGGAGGAGGUCCAUGCGGGAAGGUGACACCAUGAGUUAUCACACUGAGUGACACCAACCCUAGUGACACCACUGCUGUAUAGGAUUGUUCAUGUGAAUUACAACUUGACUGCAGAUCAGUUCCUGCAACUUUGCAACUCCAAGUAUCUGUUUCUCUUUGCCUGCCACGAGAUGCUUUUUAGUAGGUAGUCUGUUUGGGUCUUGAAUGGUUAUCAUAUAAUGCAUCUUUUAUUUUUCCUUCUUUUGUAAUUUCUCAUUGGGGAAAGCUGAAAGUUGUAGGAAUAUGGCAUUUCUGGGUUCUGUAGUAUGUAGUUUACCACUCAUCUGUCAGUUUGUCAUACUAUUGUGGCUUGCAUGUCGCUAUGAUGCUGGAAGUUAUGCCACUAAUAUUUCAAAUACCAGCAGGGUCACACAUGGUGCACAGGUUUCAGCGGAGUUUCCAGACUAAGACAAAGUAGGAAGAAAGGCUUGGUGAUCAACUUCGGAAGAUUAGCCAAUGAAAACCAAAUGGAUAAGGACGGACUAUUGCCUGACUGGACUCAAACAUGCCAAUGAUGGUGGGGACCGACAACAUAGUAUGUACUGUAGCAUAUUAGGAAGCAGUUCUUAACCAUUUUAUGGAAGGUCCAUGUGGCCUACAGAGGUUGCCACAAAUAAAACAGUGUAACUAUGUGUACUUUAAAAGGGGAGCUUAUAAAGAUCACAUUUUGUCUCAAAAGAAGGUCUUUCUCAAAUGUGAUGCAAAGCUAUCUCCUAUAUAUAUAUGUAUAUAUAUAUCCCCAGCUCAAUUGAUUAUUAAGCAUUAGAAACAUUCCGAGGAAAGAGCAAGAGCAAUGACAAGGGCAGUGCAGGCUUUGAUUAAUCAUAUACAUCCCUGUAACCAUAUGUAUGGCCUCAUCAUCAUCUAUAUCCACAUAGUGGUAAAAUAUUAGAGUUAGAAACAACUUUAGGAGAGUGCCUGAUCUGGAAUCUUGGCUUCAGGGAAUACUUUUGUUCUCUUUAUACAGAUUAACUAAAACCAAACUAAGCCAAACCUCAUGUCUUCGAGUCAGUUCCGACUCAUGGCAACCCCACGGGUUACAUAGUAGAACUGUUCCACAGGGUUUUCUUAACUUUAAUCUUUCCAGAAGCAGAUUGCUACGCCUUUCUUCGUGGCAUUGGUUGGUGGAUUCAAGCCGCCAAUCUUUAGGUUGGUAGAGCUGAGCGCAAACUGUUUGCAGGGAUCUAUUCAGAUAACUAAAAACAAAAAACAACCCAUUUCCGAAGAGUUGAUUCCAGCUCAUAGCUACUUUAUAGGACGGAGCAGAGCUGGCCCAUAGAGUUUCCGAGGAGUGCCUGGGAUUCAAACUGCUGACUUUUUGGUUAGCAGCCUAGCACUUAACCCUACGCCACCAGGGUUUCCAUUCAGUUAACUAGAGAGGUAAAAUCAGUAGUUUUCUACUUUAUCUUGCCUAAAAAUUUCCUGGAUUGCUAAUUAGUGUUACUUGCCAGGUCUCACUCUAACAAAUUCUGAUUCCGUGGUUUUUGCUGUCUCUGGGUUGGAGCAUGCGACUCUUCCUUGGUCUAAAUCCUGACCUUCUUGCAUCAAAGCAUUGAGGACCACCGAGUGCACACGUGCUCAUAUGACCAGAGGAAAUGAGAAAUGGAAGAUGCUGGGUCAUGGUCAAGUCCUAGCUUAGUGCACUACUUCUUAUGCUGAGAAGGUGAUGGUAAGAAAGAGAGUUGGUCAGGUACUAUAAGGAUACCAAUCAUCAACCCACAAGAGGCAGGUAAGGUAAGUUAGUAAAGCGGGCUGUGUGGCAAUGUGGUGACCACAGCCUUGUAUUAAAGGUCAGCCACAGCCCCGUCCGCUUGUUGUCAGAAUCUGAUUUUUUUUUUUGGAAAAAGAAAAAUCAUAAAUUUGUAGGUUUUUAUGGGAAAUCAGAUUUGCUGGUGUGAGUCAACCCUGCAAGCAUCAAGUUAAGUCACAUUUAAAGUCCAAACGUGGUGCAAGAGGCUCAUUUUAAAGCCUCAGGUUCAUGAUGUCAGAUGUAAAAGGGGAAACAGAAAAUGUACACUUCACAUCUGUGCAUUUAACAUACAGGCACGGAGGAACUUUGCCCGUGAGAAAUCUGACCCAGUCAAAUCAAUCUUAACCAUCACUUACUCAUUGAAUAAUGAUGCUGGAAUUACACCAUUUAGAAAUAAAAAUAAAAUAAUCUAUUCAUUAACAACACCAGUAAACAUGAACAUAACAAACAAAAGCCAGGCAACUAAUCAAAAUAUGCCACCCAUAAGACUUCCUUAUUAAAAAUUCACAAAGUUAGUUGUGAACUUAAUAUUCAACCAAUUUGAAAAACUGAAGCACAUAAUGUUUUUAGUUUAUUAUUCUUUUUAGCGUGCAAUUGACUUGCGUUCCUAUACUAUAGCUAAGGACAGAUGAUUAUUCCUUCAGGGGAAUAUAUUGUUUGAGGCUGGAAUUUGGAUUAAAUUCCUAGGCAUCAAUUCAGUUUUCUUAUUUUGGUGACAGAUUGAUGAGAAAUCCACAUACCAUGUUAUAAACCUGGAAUUUUUCUGUGUAGUAAUUUUUUUUUUUUUUAAUUCUAGCUCUUAUAUUUUAAGAAGCAAUUUGCUUUUGCAUUAGAUAUGUGGCAUUUCAUGAUCGGGUCUGCUUUGUUUCAUAGAAUCAGUGUUUCUUGCAUCUUUAAGGGCUACCACACAUCUGUUAGAGGCCCUUGGGUGGCGCAAAUGAUCUGUGCUCAACUACUAACCCAAAGGCUGGCGGUUUUAACCCACCCGGUGGCACCGUGGAAGAAAGGCUUGGCAAUUUACAGAAGGAGAGAUUUCAGCCAAGAAAACUCUAUGGAGCUGUUCUACUCUGUAACACAUAGGGUCCCCAAGAGUUGGAAUUGACUCAACGGUGACAAAUUUUCACACCUGUUAGCCCUUAUUUCAGUGGUAUUUCAUCAUUUUUGCUUAAUGUGGGAGCCUGGUGGUGUAGUGGUUAAAGAGCUUAGCUGGUAACCAAAAGGUUGGUGGUUUGAAGCCACCAGCCAUUCCAUGGGAGAAAGAUGUGUCAGUCUGCUUCCAUAAAGAUUACAGCCUUGGAAACCCUAUGUGGCAGUUCUACUCUGUCUGAUAGGGUCACUAUGUGCUGGAAUCGACUUGACUGCAGGGGGUUUUGGGGGGUACUUAAUUGCACUGACCAUCUGCUGAUUAUAUCAUGCAGGUGCUGGACUCAAUGAGAGAGCAGCAAAUGAAUACCUCAUGGAUUAGUAGGAAUACAUGAGCUAUUUUUACCUGAAACCCGGAUACAAUCUCAGGUAACACUGUUACCAGGUGAAACCCCCAGGUUCUUGCUUGGCAUGACUCGUAUGGGCCAAUAAACUAGAGACUGAAGUGGGAGAACAGGAAGGGCACGCUUUAUUUCAUUGUACAAGGAAAAGGAGGCAGUCAGAGCUGCUGCCGCCAAGACUGCUCCCCGAGGGCGAGCAGACAAGUUACCUUUAAGGGGUUUGCAAGUAGGGAGUUCAAACAAGUUACGUCAGCAACAUUCUUAAUCAUACUACACAG